AUGGGAAGCUAUGGCCACUUCAGUUGCAAGCGCUCCCUGGCCUACAGCAACCUGCAUUUCAUUCCCGCUUUGGCCAAGAAACUCUCGAUGUCACGCCGCCGACUAUUGGGGCUUUCCUCGGCUGGGAUUGUGACGCGCAGGAAAGCUGGAGACAGAACUGCUGUGACGGGGGACAAGAAACUGAAGAGCACGCAGGAGUACCCGCGAGAAUUCUGCAGAAAAGUCUUCAAGUUGCACAUGAAGUCUUGUGAUGCUUGGCUGUGCAUUUCAUGUAUACUAUGUAUACAAUCCAGCUGGGGUGCAGCUCCUGAUCGUAACAUAAGGACCGCAAUGAGAAGCUCCUGA